CGCUGAGGCAGCCAGACCGGGUCGUCAGUGCUGGUGUGGCCGUGGCGGAGCCGGCUGUGUGUCUGUGUCAGUGUUGCGGUGCGGGACUCUCUCUCGCCGAGGUACAGAGUGAGUGUGUAGGUAGCGGGCCUGUGAAUGCGCAUCCUGUCGCAGUGGUGCGCAAGUGUGCUCGCUCAGGGUCGUAGCGCAGGACUCGCUUCUUUCCAGCUUCAGCGCCGCUACCGCCUGUUCUCGCUCACCCUUAGAUCGACUCCGGCCCACAGUGAGGCUCCGCUCCUUACACCAGAGGCCCUCGGCGACGCUUCUCAUUCCACUUACAGAAUAUCAAGGAAGUCAAUAACUGAGGGUUCAGGACGCGAACUCCGGAUGUGCAAGUGAGUGAGGCUGUCACGCUGCUUUGUUGAAAAGUAGUGUAGUGUCGCGUGAUCAGUCUAACCGUUUGUACUCCAACGUGACUUUGGAGAAUCUAACACAAUAAAUAAUACUUGUCUUGUGGUACAUUCGUAAGUGUAAUUUAGAAGCUUAAUAGUGAACCUAAAUCUCGUAAUGAAGGAGGAAGGAAGCGUGGCUGCCCACUCUGAGACGCUGCGGGCACUCAACCUGCAGCCUCCCAAGAUACGCAGCCAUCUCGACCUACUGUCCGACCCCCUGGCUCCCCUCCGCGGCCCCGCCAACCCCGCCCCGUCACACCCCCGCCUCAUCGCCACCCGCAGCCUCAGGGGGGUAUUCCAGUCACGCCUUAACGGGCCGCUGGGCUCUCUGCAGCCGCCCGCCUCCCAGGGCUCCCAAACUCCUGCCUCGGCUGCCAGGUCUCCUAGGGCUCUGAAAAGACUGGUUGGGCGCCACGCUCGCCCGCAGCGUGCCAGGAGCCAGCCAGCCUCAGGGAAGGAAAACUUUACGACCUUCGAAGAAGAUGAAGAUGAGGGAUUUGAAGACGUGUGGGCGUGCAAUGGGCGGGAGGAGCCUCGACCAAUGCUCACUAGACGUAACACUGAAGGCGCCGACACCAGGUGGGCAGGAGAUCUCACCCGCUUGUCCUCGGCGCUGGACCAGCUGGCUGCCCUGUGUAACGCCACGCAGCGGCCUCACAGCGCCCUGGAGUCAGGUGGCAUGAGCCGUGGUGACGCGCACCUCAGCCACAAUCACAAUUCUGGCCACCCGCCCCCUAAUCCCCUCCCGGCCAACGUAUCCCCGACCUGCCCCGUCCACGGCACCAACGCCAUCCUGGCCCACACCCUCCUGGCCGCCCAACCCUCCCUGGAGGGUGGCCGCGCCUCCCCUAAAACCAUUCACCACCACCCGUUCGAGAGUGACUCCGGCGGCAGCUCAGGUGGUCACGUGGUCUCCAACCCUCCCUCGCCUGUUGGGGUGUCUGGAAACCGGGAGGCCACGGCGGGAGUGGCCAAGAGGAUGGGCGUGGCGCUCCGUGCUCUGGGCGGGCGGCUGGUUGCUUGGGGCAGGGGCGGUGAGGUGUCGCAAAACUCCACGCAGCUCUCCUCCUCCUCAUCAUCGUCAUCCUCCCCCGUGACUGGCCGACAUGCAGGUGAGUACUGACACAGGUUUGGGACAGAUGCUUUUAGUCUGUGUUGUGAGGUGUGGGUGUGGGGAGGGACGCCCUGGCAUGCCACACUUUGCAUGGCGUGAUCGAGAAGCAGCGAUGCGAUGACUAUAGAAAGAUAAAUUUGCACAGAAUAUUUCUUUUAGUGACAAAAAUUCCAGACUCCAACCUUGGCGUUCCUUGGCGGGGAGCGAGUCACGCACCGGAAGAUAUGACAAAGUAUUGAACAUUUAUAGUGACCUCAUCCGUUGCCGAGCUCCCAUGACCACCCGCAGCCACAGGCACACACCCCAAGGCCUGGGUCCCGCGUGCAGGAUGCGGCGUGGGUCUGCGAGGCCACUAAUUUACUCUGCUCAAUGGUACUGCUACGCGUCCUCCCUGUGUCUCAUUAUUAUGGGUAAUUUUCGUUUAAUAUCCAUUCAUGGCAUUAAGUGCUUGCGUGUCGAGGAAGAGAGACCUGUGGGGACGAUAAGGCUCACCUCCCGUCACUGUGGGCCGCGGGGCUCGACCCUCACGAUGCUGGGGUACAGUUUCCGCGGCCCGCACACCACGCCACCUCCAUGCAAGGUUUCUCCCGGGCCGGUGCGCUGUCCCACUUAUCAGAUGACUUUUAGGUAAUCAUGUCAAGAACUCAGGUCAUGACGUGUUUAUUCCGUGCUCUCUGGCGACCGUGUGUGGAUGGAGGGGGGUGGGAAAUGCUGUGCUAAUUAGUGUGUCGAGGUGGCGCGUGAUGGCAGCUGACGAGGCGCAGGUAAUUAUACUUCGCUAAUGUCUCCAGGGCGUUGCGUUGACUGUGCUCUCUUGGCGGCCUGCGAGGAAUGAGGAAGGAAGGGAAAAGAAGGGAGAAGAUAGAUCAAAGGGAGAAUUAAGGGAAAGAAAAAAAAAAUGUGUUAAAGUAAAAAAAAAA